AAUGUCCUAGACCUCAAAAUAUUGGAAAUCGGGACAAAUCGUGGGGAAUCGGGUCGUUGUGGAAUACCAAUAUAAUGGAUAUUAUCUAAACGUAAACAAAUAUGGCGAUGCGGACGAAUGUGGUUUGUUUACUUUUAUUUAUGGUAAGCAUGCACUGCGAGAAUAAUAUGGUUGCAUCGCAUAACAUGAUCGUGACGAAACGGGAAGUCAAACUCAUAAACGGUCUAGAGAUAACCAUAAAAUCCGAGCUCCUCAAGAUGCACUUCUCGCUAGAACGCAAACCACUGCAGAGCGUCACGAUGGAGUGUCGCAGCCCGGCGAUGACUAUGGUACAAGAACAGUACCCGUAUGCGGAGUACCGCUGGAAACACAACAGCGAGAUGUUUCGGAUACAGCCAAUGAGGAUGGUAGGCCCGGAGGCUGGAUUGAUUGAUAGUGGCACGUACACGUGUGUGAUGGAGCCAAUAUCCGGCCAGCACGUGGUGGUCGCAAUCUACGCUCUGACAGUCGGCAGUCUCACACAAGAGGUUGUCGAGAACGACGACAUAGUGCUCGACGGCUACACGAAGGACUUCGGAAAACUGUACCCAAAAUCUAUCCGAUACUGGAACAAUCCGAAGGGGCAAAGGGUGUAUGAGAAAAAGGCAUUGGAGAGCCGGGAGACCGUCCCGAAAGCUGGCAAGGCGACGGCCGGAAAAUGGACCUGCAUUGUGGAGGACAAGGAUGUCCCGCGUAAGUGGACAACGGUGCGCGUGCACGUGGUCAUCAAACCAGUCCCGUCGAUGUUCGUAAGAGCGCGGAUUUACGUCAAAACCCACCGGAACGAAUCUAUUGCUAUAGCCGCGUGCGCAAUAUUUGUGUUUGUUAUGGUGGCAAACUGUGUUCUGCAGCUGCUAGAAAGAAAACAGAAGCGGUUUCAGGAGGAGAUGGAGAAUAUGAAAUCGGUUCUUGGACUGAAAGACAAGGACGAAGAAGAUUCCGAUGAGAAUAUUGAUGAUGUCACGCCGCUGAUUGCUAAUGACAAGAAAAACAUUGUUUAAUACUUGAAUUUUAUAAGUUGCGUGUUUUCAUUAGAGUAAAUGAACAUUUGAUAAGGUACUGUGAUAAAAUCACAAGGGACUGUACGACUUUAACUAAAAUUAUUACGCAAAUCCACUCACGGAUAUUCUUGAUAUCAGUUGGCUGUUAAAAUAAUGUAAUACGCAUUUAUGUUAGCAUUUUAAGUCUUAAAUAUAUUUUUUGUUUCAGAUAAUUACCAAGUUGAUUUACUUUGGCAUCGGAAUUUAAAGCAUUUAUUAAGAAUAAAGUUUUAUUCCGAAUUCUACAUCACAGUAGUACAUGUAUAUGAGAAGUACACUCUGCAUACUGUGGCAUUGUACAUCGCGCUUUGACUCGGUCGCUAUUGCUACAUGCCCGUAUAUUACACUUAGCAUUCAAUCUAUAGGCGAACAUUGAAUACAUAUGUUUAUAAUGAAACAUAUUCAAUAUCAUACAGCUGUUUUAUUGUUAUUUAGGUCCACAGUAAUAAUAUUUGUCGGCGUAGUGAAAUAACCCAUUUUUUUUUACCUUACUCGACCUGUAAUGAAUCCUUGAGGAAAUGUCCCGCUUAUGGGCCCAAAUGGAUACAUGGGAGUUUGGUACUUUACAUUAACAGAAAAUUCAACCUUUUUUGUGAAGAGUAGCGUAAACAAAAUUCUCAUUUUGCAUGGGCUAAUUUGAACACUAUAUGGAUGCGCAAUUGCGUUUGCAACGCAGUAAACUGCGUGUUCAGCGUGAAACUAAUAAAUGAGGCGAUAAUCAUGUGAUAUUAAAGAUGGCGACGUCCAUGCCGAGACAUUAUUUAUGUCGUAUUAAAAUUCACUUCAUAUCUCGACACAGACGGGGUAAUCACGUGGUAGUCAAAAUGGCGACCUCCAUGCUCAGGCAAGUAUUUUUCGCCGUUUUAUACCAUUUAUAACUUGUAUUAAUUGUUUAAAUGCCGCUCACUUUCCAGCCACAUCAACAAGAAAGUUACAAGCGUUUAUUUCGCAUUCAUAUUUGCUCUUAAUCGCGUCUUUACUCAGUGCAAAAUUUCUAAGCGGGAUGACCUAAUUACAGAUUUACUUAGAACAUUUUCGGGGAGUAAAGUAGAGAUAUAAAGCGAAUUUUAGGCAUGGACGUCGCCAUCUUGGCUUUCACGUGAUUACCCCCCCCCCCCCCCAAUAGGACUACGCGGGUAAAGCAGUCUCUCACUCAACUCUAGAAAUCAAAACAGUAUGUGUGUCGACAUAACUCGCUGCAAAUUUUCUUAGUGGAGCAUUAGGAAAUUUGCCAUCGGCAUGGCUGCUUUAUACUCUGUGAGUAAGCGGUGCGGGGGUAUUUUAUGUCGCGUUAUUGACAAAGCUCUAGUUUAAUCAGCAUUUAUAAUUUUGCUCUUUAAAUAUUUUACAUAUCAAAUGUUUUAAAAUGUGUUCAAGUUGUACCGUUUUGUGUUGUUGCGUAAAUAAACGAUUCGUAUGAA